CCUAGCAAACUAGCCAAGUCUUCUACACCUGCUAUCAUGACUCGAUUCUUCUGCUGCGGAAACUAUUUCCCAGAGUAUCCUUGCUAUGGUACCAACUGGCACAGAACCUUCAGAGCCACUCCCCUGAACUGCGUUGUGCCACUGGGCUCUCCCCUGAACUAUGGACAAGGCUGCAAUGGCUACAGCUCAUUAGGUUUUAGCUUUGGUGGUAGCAACUUCAACAACCAGGGGUCUUGUUAUGGAGGUAACUUCUGUAGACCAUGGGGUUCUGGCUCCGGCUAUGGCUACAGCACCUAUUGAAGACAUGAAGACAGUCAACAGAGUGAACAAUUUUAAUAUCAACGGCAUAAUCUAUAGACCAAGAAGAUGUUCCAUGAAGUGUUGGAAGAAUCGGAUUUCAUCUGCUCACUGACAUUUUGCCAGAUUAUCAGCAAUGGCUUAGUACUUUGAUGCUCCUCGGAACCAGUCUCUUGAGACCUCUGAGUUUCUUCACCUGAACUAAAGCUCACUUAAAGUCAUAGGAUGACUAUUUUUUUCUGAAUGUUAACAAUGAAACAGAUCUUUCCCUUCAAGUUUGCUCUGUGAUUUUUGUUUCUCUACUUCUGCCUGGAUGUAUUUCAAGUUGGGAGUGAGAAGGGUGGUUGGGAUUUAGCUUACGAAUAAAUCUAGUGCAUUUGA